GUCUGGAACCAUAACACAAUUUCCCUUCGAGCAAAUCAAAUAAGAACCCUAGAAAUACAAAACUGGUUGUAUGACCCCAACUCUCUCGUUCAUUUCCACUCCUCGGACGUGUAAAUCGUUCAUUUCAAUUUCAAGGUAUUUUCUCAACUUUUCAUUUUCCAAUUGUAAUCUAAAUCUACCCACCACUUUACUCAGAUUUUAUUUAUUUGUUUUCUCAAAUUCGUGUUCCGUUAUAUUCGUGUUCCGAGCAAAACAAAUAAGAACCCUAGAAAUACAAAACUGGUUGUAUGACCCCGAAUCUCUGUAAACCUUACUCUACCGUUCUUUUCCACUCCUCGUACGUGUAAAUCGUUCAUUUCAAUUUCAAGGUACUUGUAGUCUCAAUAUUGAUGUUUAAUUUAGCGCAUGAUAUAAUGAUUCCACCCAACACCAAGAGAGCAAAGCAUGAUGAUAAUGAUAAUGAAGAAGAUAGACUCAGUGACUUACCCGAUUGUGUUCUCCUUCAUAUUUUGUCAUUUUUGAAUUCCAAACACGCCGUUCAAACUUGCAUUUUGUCCCCAAGAUGGAAGAAUCUUUGGAAAUAUAUUCCUACCCUUAAAUUGCAUUCCUCUGAAUUUAGAACCGCAAAGAAAUUAGGCAUGUUUGUGACUAAGAUUUUGACUCUUCGUGAUACCUCAACUGCACUGCACGCUCUCAAUUUUAAGCGUAUAGCCAGUUUUGAGCCUCAACGGACUCUCAAAGAGAUUGUGAACUAUGCUUGUUCCCAUAAUACCCAGCUCAAACGAUUAGGAAUCUCCGUUAAAGGUGAUAUUGGUAUCAUUUUGCCUCGCAUUUCUUCAUGUCAGGCUCUUACAUCUCUUAAGCUCGCUGUUUAUGGUAAAGGUGUAUCUAAUUGUGAAAGAACAUUAUUUCCAAAACACCUGAAUUUUCCAGCAUUGACUAGCUUGGAUCUAUCUAAUUUUGCCUUUUGCGCAAAUGACAAUGCUGAUAAUGCCGAACCAUUUUCAUCCUUUAGCAGACUGAAUAAUUUGAUCAUUUCUAGAUGUAGCGUAAGGGAUGCUUCAAUUCUAACCAUAUCAAGUGCGACCAUUGUACAUUUAACUAUGUGUGGUAAUAGCUCAUCUGACUUUACCAAAAUCGAGCUAUCCGCUCCAAGUCUUGAUACCAUUACUUUUUAUGGUACUCCUAGUCAGAGACUGUAUGGAAGCAGUCUUUCUUCAGUUAAACAAGUAAAUAUUGAUGAAGACAUAUUUAUAAGAAUUGGGGAGCCUCAUUUGAUUCUAUUAAGCUGGCUGCAAGACCUGGAUAAUAUAAAAUCAUUGACAGUCACUGCAGGCAUUCUUCAGAUUCUUUCCUUAGUUCCUGAUUUAUUCAACAUUAAACUCCCUUCCUUGCAUCACUUGAAGUCACUGAAAGUAAAACUGAAACCACACCCUCAUGGAUUAUCAUCUUAUAUAAGGAAAGAAGUUGUGUAUAAAUACAAGUCGCGUAAAGAAGCUCACAAGAUACGUCUCAAAGAAGCAGAUGAACCAUAUGUAAUCAUACCUGAGGGGAUAGUAGACUUCUUGCUUCAAAACUCACCAUCUGCAGAAGUUGGCAUCAUCCAUUACAUGAGUAAGGAGUCCGCAGGAAAUUAUCCAGUCGGUUGAAAUGGACCUCCAAACUAAGGCUUUUGAUACAUCAUCAAUUGAAGAUAUAGUUGAGAAGAGUCAACACAACACCCAACCUCAAAGAUAAUGGGCUUUGAAGAGUGCACAUCAAAAAACAAAAACAGUAUUGCCUUACAAGUUACAAUGCCUUCUGUGUCAACCUUUCUUUUGGAUUUUAGUUCAAAGUAUGCCCUGGGAGAUUAGAUAUCAGAUAAGUGACUGAAUAUAUCAGUUUGCCGAGUGCUGACUAUACUGACCUUGGACGAUUUGACAUGCAACUGAUCAUUCAGAUGAAUUCUUUUUGAGAUUGGCGAGAUUGUUCCAUCUGAUAGUCUCCAAUUUAAUUAUAUACUAGUCCCGUUGGCCAUUUAAUUAUAUACUAGUCCCGUUGUAUUGGUCUGUCUCUGUAUGAACAGGUGUGUUGUUUUGUUUUUGGAAGCCUAAAUGAAUCAUUUAGUUGUUACUAGAUAUUUUUAUCGAUCA